CGAGACCCGAGACGUCAAAAUUCAAGACUUCCCUGAAGUAUAGGAACCGACUUAUUCCUUGGAAAUUCGGAGUACAAAAACCAGUCUCGAACGACGACGAGAGAAAAACCAAAUUCCAUCUUUAGCAGAGUGAGAUUCAAAGAUGACUAUAGAAGAGACUGAGAAAUCAAUGGCGACAUCAGAGAUGGUAGAGAGGAAGAUAGAAGAUGAAGAUUUGGAGGAAGGAGAGAUUAUUGACGAAGGAGGGGAUACAUCCAUUGGAAAUCCUUCCAAAUCUAUUGCUUCUGUUCAUCCUCUUGAGAAUUCUUGGACUUUCUGGUUUGAUAAUCCUUCUGCUAAAUCUAAGCAAGCCGCUUGGGGUAGCUCCAUCCGUUCUAUUUACACUUUCUCUACUGUUGAACAGUUUUGGAGCCUUUACAACAACAUACAUCAUCCUAGCAAGUUGGUUGUAGGGGCUGAUUUUCACUGUUUCAAGAAUAAAAUUGAGCCAAAGUGGGAGGAUCCAAUUUGUGCUAAUGGGGGCAAGUGGACUGUUACCUUCCAAAGAGGAAAAUCUGAUACAUGCUGGCUCUACACGCUGUUGGCAAUGAUUGGAGAGCAAUUUGAUCAUGGGGAUGAGAUAUGUGGAGCCGUUGUCAAUGUGAGGAGCAAGCAAGAGAAAAUAUCCAUUUGGACCAAAAAUGCUGCAAAUGAAGCUGCUCAGCUGAGCAUCGGAAGACAGUGGAAGAAGUUCCUUGACUACAAUGAUAAUAUUGGUUUCAUAUUUCAUGAUGAUGCAAAGAAGCACGACAGGGCUGCCAAGAAUCGCUACAAUUGUUGAGUUGUAUCUUGAUGAUAAUUUGUUAACACUAGUUAAGAGUUGUCGGAGUCGGAUUGGAAACUGAAUUUACUGUUUUGAUAUAGUACUAUUGUUGAAAGUUCUUAUUAGAUGCUGUUGGAAAUUGCUGCUGCUACUUGGAGCAGUAAAAUACAUGCUUAUCAAUGGGUGUUUAGUAUUGUACAUUGUGGUCAGGAGUCGUUGCUUAUCUAGUUAUAUGAUCCCUUCUAUUCUUUAAA